AUAAUGAUCGCAUCGUGGAUCACAGAGAACAUAAAUACAAACGUUCAACUGCGAAAUCGAAGGGAAUUUGGUAGACUUGCCGAUGUAUUGUCUCGACUUUCAGGAUAGAAGUGAUUUGUUAUUAUGGACAGAAGGGACGGAUUAAAUACGCCUUCUCCAUUGAGAAAUAGCAAGGCUGCAAAUCGACCCUUUCGAUCACCCUUGCAUACAGUUCUCAAUCCAUGUAAUAAAGUCGAUCUCAACGAAAAACGUGUCAAGGUUUCGAACGUUGGAUCUUCUUGCUCAUGGACCCCGGAGAAGAGGAUAAGUCGUCAGCCGCGUUUAUUGGGCAAAAAAAUUUGCUUAGAAAAUGAACACGCAUCAUCAGAGUGCAGCAAAGAGAGAUCGAUUACUGAGGAUGAUCUUAAGCAAAUCAAAGAUAGAAUCUGUGCAAAGAAACAACAAUUAGAAAGUGUGAAACGUCAAUUGUUAUACAAUAAAAAGCAUGAGGCACAUGAUUUAAAUGAUGUUACGGAAAGAUGGCUGCGAGGUUGUCAAGAAGCGCUUAUACAAUUCCAGAAAGAUAUUAGCUGCCACAGUGGGACUGCUGUAAGCAUGUCAAAACUUUUGGAGCAGUUAGGGAUUCCUCCAGAAUUGGUUCAAUAUUCAGUCGAAGAUUGUGACUUUAUGGUAUAA